AUGAAGAUUGAACGAGGAAAUUAUGGGGGACUAUUUCUAACAUUUUUAUUCAUAUUUAGAGGGAUUUUUGUAGAUGCAAUAUCGUAUGAUUACACAGCCAUCACUGAUUGCUUGGCAGAACCUCUUAAGCCUCAGUAUGAUGGAGGAAUAAUUGUGAACCCAGAAAUAAAUGAUGGCUUAAAAGGGUGGACAACUCAUGGAGGGGUGAAAAUCGAGCCUAGAGUGUCAGAGAAAGGAAACAACUUCAUUGUCGCUCAUAGUAGAAAACACCACAAUGGAAGUGUAUCCCAGAAGGGCUUUUUAUUAGAGAAGGAGAAACUUUACACAUUUUCUGCUUGGAUACAAAUAACCGGGAAGAGAAAUAUGCCAGUUAUGGUAAUUUUCAAGACUAGUGAGGGAUUCAAGCCAGCUGGUUCAGUUGUUGCCCAAGUAGGGUGUUGGUCCAUGCUUAAGGGUGGCAUCACAGUAGAGUCUUCAGGUCCAGCUGAACUUUUUUUCCAGAGUAAUGACACAUCCAUCGAUAUCUUGGUUGAUAGCGUUUCACUGCAACCAUUCACACAACAGGAAUGGAAGUCUCAUCAAGAUCAAAGCAUUGAGAAGGUACGAAAGAAUAAGGUGAGACUCCAAGUUCUAAACUCCAAAGGAAGGGCAAUACCCUAUGCAAACAUCUCAAUAAAACAAAACAAAGCCAACUUUCCACUUGGAGCUUCCAUCAACUACAACAUUGUCAAUAAUGCAGCUUACCAAAAUUGGUUUACUUCAAAGUUUACGGUCACCACAUUUGAGAACGAGAUGAAGUGGUAUAGCACAGAGAACACUCCGGGCAAGGAGGAUUACUCCGCCGCGGAUGCCAUGCUAGGCUUCACUAGCCGUCAUGGCAUACCUGUCCGCGGCCACAACAUCUUUUGGGAUGACCCUAAAUACCAACCAGCAUGGGUAAAGAAUCUCUCACCCAAUGACCUCCAAAUAGCCUCCAACAAGAGACUCAACUCAAUAGUUACGAGGUAUGCAGGAAAGGUGAUAGCUUGGGAUGUUAACAAUGAAAACUUACAUUUCAACUUCUUUGAGAGCAAGCUUGGGGAAAAUACUACUGAUGUUUUCUUCCAGAAGACACAGCAACUUGAUGGGCGUACAACAUUGUUUAUAAAUGAUUAUAACACAAUAGAAGAUGAAAGAGAUCCUUCAUCUUCCCCAUCAAAGUACAUCCAAAAACUUAAAGAGAUACAAUCCUUCGUUGGUGGUGCAAUUUCACUUGGAAUUGGUCUUGAGGGUCAUUUUAUUACCCCUAAUAUUCCAUAUGUGAGAUCUGCUAUUGACACUCUUGCUUCUACUAAAUUACCUAUUUGGAUUACUGAGCUUGAUGUUCAAGGAGGAUCUAAUCAGGUGACAUACUUUGAGCAAAUACUUAGGGAAGUGCAUUCCCACCCAGGAAUACAAGGCAUAGUAAUAUGGGGACCAUGGUCACCUCAAGGUCAAUGUUAUAAAAUGUGUUUGGUAGAUCCCAACUUCCAAAACAUGCCAGCAGGGGAAGUUCUAGAUAAGCUGUUGGGAGAAUGGCAACAUUACAAAACUUUUUAUGCAACUACAGAUUCUAAUGGUUUCUUCAACAUCUCACUCUUCCAUGGUGAUUAUGAAGUUAAGUUCUUACAACAACUGCAUAAUACAUUGGAAGAACAAUCGUCUUCUUAUAUUUCUCAAAGCUUUAAGGUUGAUGCACACUCAAGGGAUCAAACCUUUAAGAUUAUUGCUCAAGAAUUUUAG